UCUCAACCUCUGGUUCUCUCCUCUCUCGUCCAGAAACGAAAACCCGUCAAAAAUCGAAGAAUCCUAGCCUUUUCUUUCGAAAUCGACGAGGGAGAUGGGAAGGACGGCUUCUCUUAUUCUAUCCCUCGAUCUGCCUAUCCUCUCCUUCUGAUGAAACUCGAGCGAAAUCCCCAGGAAAGUGACGACAAGCAGAAAUCCCUUUGUAGACCACAAAACGAAGAUGAUCCGGAAGGUCCUCACGUCGGCGGUAAGCGACUUCUACCCUUGCAUGUUAUCUUUUUAUCGAUCUCGGUUUAAGAGCUAUUCUAGGAUUCUGACCUUCCGUUUUGGUUUUUGGGUUCUCUCUGGUGUAUGAUCGAGGGGGAGAGGGGGCGGCGAGCCUUGCCGCCGGCGACAAAGACUCCGGCACCGAUUUUGUAUUGGGUUGUUGUGUGGUGAGUCUUGAUUGGUCCUUUGAAGAGGUGGUCGGCGCCUAUUUGCAGGAUGCAGCAGAGGUUUUUUCCUUGACCUGCGGGACGGGAUAGAUAUGGACUAGGAAAACCGGGUUGACUCUUGUUGACGGGGUUGACCCUCGUUGCCUUGGAUAAUAAUAGGAGACGGGCUGGAAUUGGAGGUACACAAUUUGUUCGGGCUCAAAAGUAGGAGACUUUAUUAUUGUAAUUAGUUUUAAUCCUUCCUUUAUUUAGAGGUUUACUCAUGUGAUGUACAAUGUAU